AUGGAUGAUUCCCAACUAGUGUACUUGAUCAUAUUCAGUACGCUGAUUACGCUACUGUUGGUGACGUCAUUUUGCUUCUUAGUAUACGCAGUGUUUUUUAGAGACUCUUUGAUGUCUUCUUAUGAGGACGAGUCUGUUUGCAUUCCCGACUCUUUACAGAUUGCUAAUACCAACUAUGAUCGUCCUGAUCUUUACGAUUCUCUUUCGACAAUUGAAAAGAUUCGAUUCAAGUUGGCACGCAAGUUCUACGAGUACAAUAAACCUGUACUUAACUAUGUGAGUUUUCUUUCCUACGAUGAGAUUGAUGCUACGUAUUUGUUGAUCAGAGAUAGGGGAAUCCGAUCCUUCUACUUUGAAACUUUUCACGAUCAACUUACUGAUUUAAUACAGGAUGUUGAGGAUGAGGAGAGGGAGAUAGAGGAAACUGAUGUCAAUGUUGCUACUGCAGACGAUAGCCAUGCUUCCACUACUACUGUAACAGAAUGCAGUCCUCUACUUGCACCACAAGCUCCUGGUACCUCUCUCAAACAAUCAUAUACGUCUGUUAACCAGAAAACAAAACCUCUUAAUUAUCGCCAGCUACAGUUCAGCAAGACGCCAUUUAUAGUGCAGGAACUCACAGAGGUUACUUUCCUUACGUCUCGAAUGUCCUCUACCAUUAUGAACAUUCCUUUGCCUUACAAAAACCGGAAAAAUGAUACCAUCUAUUUUGAGACGAAACUAUAUGAUUUCAAUCCGAAAACUACUAUAGCCAUUGGUUUGGUCACGAAGCCAUAUCCGAACUUUCAACUUCCUGGCAUGUCAGCUUACUCUGUGGCCGUGCAAAGUGAUGGAACCGUUCGGAGGAACAACAUGCCAUAUUUGGAUGAUGGAGAUCUUCCCGUGAUUAUGCCGCAACUGUUGGAGGGUGAUGUGAUUGGCAUAGGUUAUCGGUCUAUCACAGGUGCUGUGUUCAUUACACACAACGGUAAAAGCAUUCUUGAGAUUGUGAAGCGUCUCAAAGUGGAGUUGUAUCCGUGUAUUGGAUCAGUUGGGGGUGCCUGCAAGGUGACUGUUAACUUGGGUCAGUUGGGAUUUGUAUUUAUUGAAGCUAAUGUGAAGAAGUUGGGAUUUUGUGAAAACCAGAAUGAGGGUACCAUUGGUGCUCCGCCAAGCUAUUCAAAUAUGCUGCUUUCGAAAGAUCCACUAUUAGAUAAAGGAGAAGAGCUACCACCUGAAUAUCCGGAAGAGGAGCAGACAUUCUUUGGACCUAAACCGAUUUUAAAGAAGAGUGAAAGAGUAGGAAGUUCAAAGAUGGAAGAGUGUGAAAAGGCUGCUACAAGGGUAGAUGCAACAAAUUCGCUGGAAGGUUCUGGAGAGUCUAAGAGAGGGCAAUCGCGGUCGAAAUCAAACACUCCAGAAUCGGAUCCACCUUCUUACCGUUUGAAAGAGAAGGAGGAAUCAAUGCAAGAUAUGCCUACCGAGACCCGAAGCUCGCCGAUGGACUCUGCAGAGUAUGAGAGGAAAGUGAACAGUUUUCGACCCUCUCCAGGUGCUGGAGGAAUUCCCGGUGAUAGCGCAACACAAGCGAAAUCUAGCGGAAGAGGAAGAGCUACAAUGGGGACAGUGAUUACUGGUGAUGAAGCCGCAAAUGUCAGUUCAAGCUCGAAAUCCAUUUCACCUGAAUGUGCAGAAUCGCCUUCAGGUGCGCACGUAAAGCAAGUUCACAAGAAGAAAAAGCACAGACAGAGAAAGAGAAAGAGAAAGAACACAGCAACAUUUCAGUUAUGA